UUUGCGCAGACGCACAACACUGAUCAGCUGACUGUGAGUGAGAUGCUAUGUUGAUGCACCUUUGAGUCGAAAAGCUGUUAUUAUCUGCGCCAUGUAUGGGAAGCUGCGUCUGUCCAACUGAAUUGCACCGCGUGGACCAAAUACUAAAGCCAUAAACAUACCGUGACUUCCUCACAUCAAAGUGGACAAACCUCCUACCAACAGCCAUGACAGAAUUCUGGUUGAUCUCUGCUCCGGGGGAGAAGACGUGCCAGCAGACCUGGGACAAGCUGAUGGUGGCCACCACACGCACCAACAACCUCUCCGCGAACAACAAGUUCAACAUCCCCGAUCUCAAGGUCGGAACACUAGAUGUCUUGGUGGGUCUGUCAGAUGAACUGGCUAAACUAGACACCUUUGUGGAAAGUGUGGUGAAGAAGGUCGCUCAGUACAUGGCCGAUGUCCUGGAGGACAGCCGAGACAAAGUCCAGGAGAACCUACUCGCUAAUGGAGUGGACCUGGUCACCUAUAUUACCAGGUUUCAGUGGGACAUGGCUAAGUAUCCAAUCAAACAGUCGCUGAAAAACAUCUCUGAGAUCAUCGCCAAGCAAGCGUCUCAGAUAGACAAUGACCUAAAGGCCAGAGCUUCAGCCUACAACAACCUGAAGGGAAACCUGCAAAACCUGGAGAGGAAGAAUGCGGGGAGUUUGUUGACCAGGAGUUUGGCUGACAUAGUGAAGAAAGAGGAUUUUGUACUGGACUCGGAGUACCUUAUUACCAUGCUGGUGGUUGUCCCAAAGACAAGUUAUGCUGACUGGCAGAAGACGUAUGAGACCCUGUCAGAAAUGGUUGUGCCACGCUCCACAAAGCUGCUGUUUGAGGACAACGACAGCGGUAUGUUCAGUGUCACUCUCUUUAGGAAGGCCAUAGAUGACUUCAAGCACAAGGCCAGAGAAAACAAGUAUACAGUGCGUGAUUUCCAGUAUAAUGAGGAGGAGCUGAAGGCAGACAAAGAAGAGAUGACACGGUUGUCCACUGACAAGAAGAAACAGUUUGGGCCUUUGGUACGAUGGCUGAAAGUGAAUUUCAGCGAAGCCUUCAUCGCGUGGAUUCACAUAAAAGCCCUUCGUGUGUUUGUGGAAUCAGUUUUGAGAUACGGACUGCCAGUGAACUUCCAGGCCAUGCUGCUGCAGCCCAACAAGAAGAACAUGAAGAAGCUGAGAGAGGUGCUCUCUGACCUGUACAAACACCUGGACAGCAGCGCUGCGAUCAUUGAUGCUGCUAUGGACAUCCCAGGGCUGAACUUGAGCCAGCAGGAGUACUACCCCUAUGUUUACUACAAGAUCGACUGCAACCUGCUGGACUUCAAAGUCUAGAUACACUUCCAUCAUCAUCUCAUUCUCUGUGCCGUGGUAUUCCGAUGUGACAUGCUCACAUCCCCAAGCUCUCAUUUAUUUCCACCCUGUUUUUCUUGUUUUCAUUGCCAUCCUCUCUUCCUCUCUGAUGCUCCCGGUACAUUCCUGGGUCCAUAUUGAGCAAGUUGUUGAACUUCUGUUCUAAUAUACGUGACAAAUAUGGGCCGUCUUCUUUAUUCUUUUUCACUUCCUCUUUGUACAAUGAUGUAAAAGUGAAUAGCUCCCCAGGUGACACCCACCAAACAUUCCCCAUCAAAGGACAUACAUUUGCUCUCUCCUGUCAGUCUACUUUAUUAAAAGCAACAAAAACGGUACAUAUGUGGGGAAAAUGGGGAGAAAUAUAUAUGUAUGUUAAAUAUAGUAUUUAUUUAAAGCCUCUAAAAUCAGUGAAUAUGUUUUUGUUUUGUUCUGUUUUUGAAAGUGAUGUUUUAGCUUCAUGUCAGGAAUGUCUGUGACAAGUAGAUGUUGACCAUUGUUCCCCUCCAAUAAAGCUGUAAUCCUGUGAAACACUGAGAUGGAUCAUUUUACGGUGUUGUAUGUUUGCUGAUUGUAUGCUCCUAUAAUUUCUGUAUAUUAAGCAGUUUGAGAAAAACAAUGAUGGGUCUAUGUGCAAAUACUGUAUUGUCUUUAUAACUGAGAAUGACCCCACAUAUUUAAAAUAAAUGUGAAAAAUAAAUACUCUAUGUGAAAUAUAA